UUUAAAGAUUAAUUUUGCUACAAUUAUUUGCAAAUUUUGCUGCUUUUUUUUUUUUUUUAACUUGAAUUUCAAGGGGAGCCAGUGUGUUCUCACUAAAGUGGGGAAGGGGUCAGCUGUGUUCUCACUGCGUUCUAGGCAGAUAGAAAAAGGCUGCAGACCGAACUGGACUUAUUUACAGGUCAAUGUUGGGUCGAGGUGUGAAGCGGAAGUGGAGCAGCCUGGAGGGUGCUGAGGCCGAGCAGCUCCCCGAUGCCGCAGCGACGGAGGACAAGAGGCCAGACACAGCGUUGGAGGACUCAGAGGAGGAGGACAGAGGGGACCGAUGGUCCAGGACCGACACCGGCCACCUGCAGCAGCGGCAGCUGGUGCUCAGCCUCUGCCUGGAGAAGCUGCAGCACUACCAGGCCGGCGUGGAGCUCAGCCUGCGGCGGUCCGUGCUCCUCAUCAACACGCUCAGGCAGAUCCAGGAGGAGAUGCGGAGCGACAGGACGGAUGUGCGGCUCAGUGGCGUGAACCCCGACAGGCGUCUCCUCAGGGACGACUUCAGGGAGGAUGAGUCGGUCACGUGCCCUGGCUGCACGGAGGGAGACGCGGAAGGCCCGUCUCCCCCGCCGUCCCCCGAACCGACAAACACCGCCCCCACGGAUUUACAGAAACCUCCGCCCAACGCUGUCGGUCACACCUUUAGCGAUGCGGGAAGCGCCAUGGGCUACCUAAGUGACCUCGCCCUGGAUGAUAUCUUCGAGGACAUCGACACGUCCAUGUAUGAGACUUCGGAGUUGCCGUCCACCUGGGCAGCCGGCUCCCUGUGGCCGGUCAGCGUGUCCUUCUGGCCCGACGACGACAUGAAGCCACGUUCCUCGGCGGGAAGCCUCCAGUCGUGUCUGCUGGACCUGAACGAACUGGACCACAUCAUGGAGAUUCUGGUGAAGUCCUGAUCUCCAUGACAACGUCACGUGCAGCCGGUCGAUCAGAGGUGUGAAGGUUUUGGAUUCUGGAUGUUUCACACUCUGAACCUGUGCAGACAUGAAGCUGAAUGACCCUCAUCCCUCUUUAACGAGGAACCAGAUAUGCACUUAUUGCUCGUGCCUCAAAGUAGAAAAGAAAUAUUUAUUACAACUUUAGUAUAAUUUGCAUAUGAAUUAUAGAUGCACUGAUCCACUUUUUUCACAACCAAUACCAAUAUUGAUACUGAUACCGAUAUCUAAGGUUUAGAGCCGAUCCGAUGUAGAAAAACAGCUGAAUUGACUUAAAAUGUUUUUUUAAAGACAGACAUAAAUAUGCUAAAUUACAAAUUUAUUUGCUAAUUCUACACCAGAACAGCUCACCAAAAUACACCAAUAGCUUCACUAGCUGGUCAAAAUGGAAAAACAUUUGUUCAGUCAGUGUAAUUAGGAGAGGAACAGCUGAUAAAACUGAUAAAAACAACAGGUUGACUAUUUUAGUCGAACAUGUAAAAACAAACUGCAGCAAACCUUCUUUCAAAUGGUUCAGAAAGAGCAACUAGGGAUUAUAAAUAUAAUGUAAAAUAAAUAAUAAAGCAGCAAGCGUAGAAUUUGACUGAGUAAAUCUACCUUUAUUGAUUGGGCACAUCGUCCCUGAUAGCCAAUCUAGAAUGUUUUUCAAUAUUUGAACUGAUACAGAUAUUAAUAUGGGAUCAGUGCAUUUCCAGUAUGAACAUUUAUGUACAUAUAGGCAUUGGCUUAUAUGAGAGUCUCACAGUAUGCUAACGUUGAACAGACAUACCAGUUUCAUGCGGUUGUGAUGCUCCUUUAUGUUUCCACAUGCUGAUUGUUCAAGUUUUAGGUGACUGGAAUUAUUUUCAAAAAUCUGAAAAUGUUUUUUUGUUUGUUUUUUUUAAGUGAUGGGAAAUGCAGUAGCCUUCUUUUGGCCAACGGUAGGGCGGUGUUCAGAAAAAAGUGGGGGAGGGGCCAAGGCUCUGUUACGCUCUGCAGCACAGUUUUAACCAGAAACAUUUUAACAUUUUGGACUCGGUGUCAGGCUCAGAAAGGCUUACGGAGAGGUUUUUGAUUUGAGAUCAGCAGAUUUAUAGGUGAUACUGUCCGUGAAGUCAAACUUCAUGUAGCAACCGGUAGAAUAUAUUUUCUACCGCUUUCAGAAGCGGACCAGGAGCUCUUUACCUUGACAACAGAUUGUUUUAGCUGUGAGGCGAACCAAAGACUAUGUCAUGUUUGUGUUCCUUCACUUAGUCAAAGCGUAACUUUUCGGAGAUCUGCUGUAGUGAAGUUCUGUGUGUCAAACGACAGCUGUGGACGAAGGAACCCGAGUGGCCAUGAAAGCUGCGUCACUCAGUCUGUCAGAUCAGGCCUGGGUUGAUAAUUAAUUAAAGUCCCUUCAGUUACUCAAGAGGCUGCGCUUCAGCCAGCCAGGAGGGCAAAGGCCUGACUUUCCUGUUAGUUAUGGGACUGAAAGCUUUCUUUUUAUGGAAUGCCAAAAGUGCCACAAUUAAAAAAAA